AUGUUGUUGUUGUUGUUGUUGUUAUGGUUUUUAUCAGGUCGCCUUGAUGGUGGUGGUGCUGCUGCUGCUGUUGUUGCUGAUGAUGGUAAUGAUGUUAUUAUGGUGGAAGAACAUUUGCAAGAUAGUCCACCAUCUUUAAAUGGGGAAAAAAGUUCCGAGGAAGGUCCACGCUCUGCAGAUUCAAGCCCGCUUUUGGAUACUGCUCCCCUACCAUCAAGUGAUGAUCCUAUGUGUCCAUAUUGUGCCAAACCAUUUAGAAAGCCUCGAGUUCUCGACUGUCUUCACUCAAUGUGUGAAGAUUGUAUUAUUGCUCAAAUAGGAGAUGGCGAGGCUGCGCGUAGUGGAAAUGUAGCAUCUUCAACUGAUUGCGUGCUUGAAAAUACGUCGCAGUCUCGCCCAACGCCACCUGGAAUGAUUCGUUGCUCAGAAAGUCAUGUGGGUAAUGAUGAGCGGUUUGUUAGUCAAAUGCUAUUGGAUUAUGUACGUUUGCACAAUAAUGAUUGUUUGAAAGAUAGCGCUCGGUCUUGUCGAGCCUGCAAAAGUGAACAGCCGGCUAUUGCUGUUUGUAAAGAAUGCUCUAGUGAUUUAUGUAAAAACUGCGUUCAAGCUCAUCGAGAUAUGAAGUUGUUUGAUGGUCAUCACGUCUAUACUUAUGAUGAACUUUCUUCAAAAUCUUUUGAACUGCCUCGUGAACCGGUCACCUGUUUGAAACACAUCCAGAUUCCUUGCACCAUACUGUGUGCAACUUGUGAAGUUUUAAUUUGUCAGUACUGCCAGCUCGACCAUUCUGAUGGCCACAGUUUGGUAAAUGUUGAUGAACGGGUUGGAAAGCUGGUCAAAAACGAGCUUAUGAAGGCUGCCAACUCAGCUGCACUGAAAUCUAAAGAAGGGGAGGAGACUUGUAGCUCAAUUCCCAAACAACAACAGACUCUUGCCGAUCAGUACGAUAGCGCCGUUAAUGCAAUUGAGGAUUUGUUUUCUGAUAUCACGCGUGCAGUGGACGAAGUCAAGAGUAAAGUAAUGAAGGAUCUGGACACUGAGAGGGACAGCAGCGAGGCAAAGCUUGAAGACUAUUCCAGAAGGUUUCACGCUACGAUUGCGAAAAUUACCGAUGCCGUAGCGUUUACUAAUCGGUUGGUCGACCAAGGGACUGAGUUAGAAGUAUUGGCCAGUAGGAAGAAAGUACUUCAGCAGCUAACUUUACUGAUGCAUUCUAUGCCAGACAUGAACUCUAUCACGCAACUUUCAUUUGAGCGUCCAACAUACAAAGAUAUUGUUAACGGUCUUUAUAAGAUUGUUGGACGUGUUGCCCGCCAAGAUUCUUUGAAUAAUACUAAAAGCGAAGCGUUUCUGAAUUCGUUGCGUGAUGAACCACGAAACUUCAAACAGCUACCUCCUGUAAUUUCACCAUUCCAAAUACAAACUUCGUCUAUUCUAGUGACUCCUUCAGAUUCUUCUCCUGCGCGGUUACCGAAUACUUCUGUGAUUACUUCAAAGCCGAGCACUACGCACAUUAAACCAACGGCUUCUUCGGCAUUUUCCGCUUAUGUUGCUGGUCCAGGAGCAAUAGGUAUGGAACGUCGACACAAAUCUGGAACUCUUUCGGCGACUAACUCUAAUUCUGAUUUUUCGAAUGGUUGGCCUCCCUCAAGUUUACCGCCGGAGCCGCCUACUCCUUCACCUCCAAACGAUUUUAGUGCAAAUCACAGCACAGUUACUAGCGGUGAAUCAUCAGUAUACAACUGGCCACCAAGUUCCAAUCCCCCUCUGGUUUCUGAAAGUAGUGGGCUAAUUCGACCAGUCGCGUCUACUUUGCCAAGUAAUGUCAUUUCUUCCAACUUGCUGGCUCAGCAGUUGGCUACGAAAAUGAGUAGUGUUUUAGGAGUGCAGGCUGCUGGUAAUGUUUGGGCGAAUUCACAAGCAGCUGUGGUAGGAGCACAGUUGCCGAAUAACGGUUUUGGAGCCUCUUUAAGGCAGCGCCAAAGUUACCCAUCUCUUUGCGACUCUCUGGCAGAUACUGCGGCUUGUCGAAUGAUUCCUACUGGGGUUUUUGACCCUCUUGCACCUGGUCUGGGAAGGCAGUCUCAGUGUGUGACACCUGAACAGGUGCCGCUAGGGCAGAACAUUCUUCACGAGCGCCAGCUUUUACCAGUGGGAAUUUUAUCGACAUGGAGGUCAUCUGCACCUAAAAAUAAUGCAGCGGCGUCAGAUUUGCGUCUUCUUUGGCAGACUGGAGGUUUGGGUUACGGGCCUGGUCAAUUUAAUACUCCUAACGGAUUUUGCCUUGGAUUGGAUGACGAAAUACUUGUUGCUGAUACAAAUAAUCACAGAAUACAGGUGCUUUCAAAAACCAACAAAGUGUUAGUCAGUUUUGGAAUAUCAGGUUCUGAAGAGGGGCAUUUAUGCUAUCCCAAAAAAGUGGUCGCUUAUCGUUCUUAUUACAAUCAGGGCUAUAUAGUUGUUGAUAAGGGUGAGGCCAAAGCUCGUUUGCAGCUGUUCUCGAGGAAAGGCGAAUUCAUUCGCAGAAUAGUUGCACCUUUUAUUGAUUACGUUGCUGCAAUUGCUGUCAACGAAUCUGCUCAAGUCGUCAUUUUUAGUGGUGGGAGCAUUAUGUUUGUUUUGGAUAUUGAACAGGAUUCAGCCUCGGUGUUAAAGUGGGCAGAUUGUAGUAAAUAUGUUAGCGAACCGUCUGAUGUAGCCAUCUUUGAAGGACUGUAUUAUGUGACGGACUAUAAGCAGCACCGUGUUGUGGUCUUUAAUAUUGAGGGUGAAAUGAUCCGCACUUUUGGGUCUAUGGAAACUACCCCGUAUCCGAUUGGUAUCGACAUAUCAAAAGAGGGUGAUGUCCUUGUUGCUGAUUCCCACGGGAAUCACUUUCAUAUUUUGGCAUUUUCCAAAUCUGGCCAGAAAGUUCAAGAUUUUGAAUGCACUCAAAUUAAGGUGUCACGUUGCGUGGGCGUACGAAUUACUUCUGAAGGCUGGAUCGUCUCUUUGUCGAAACACAACCACAAUGUUUUACUUUUUGACACUCUUUUUUUAGACCACUUACAUCACUGGGGCCAGCCUUUCGGAGGUAACGAACUCCAGUGA